AUGGGGUCCCUACCUGAAUCCAUCAGAGUCGAGGUCCCGGUAAUAGACAUUUCGGGCUAUCUCAGGGGCGACAAGGCCCAAGUCGCAAAAGUUGCCAAUGAACUUCGAUCCGCGUGCCAAUCUCCAGGAUUCUUCCAAAUCAUAGGGCACAAAAUAUCUUCAGAUUUGCGAACACAAUUGCUUGUGAAACUUUCCGAGUUCUUCGCUCUGCCCGCAACAGCAAAGAAAGCACUUCACAGGGGCCAGUCGAAAUGCCUGCGAGGCUACGAGAGUGUUGGUGAGCAGAGGCUGGAGCCUGCAUUUUCCGAUCAAAAGGAGGGCUUUAUGAUCGGUCCAGAACUUUCGGCAGACGCACGAUUUCUCCAAGGGCCCAACCAAUGGCCAAGCGAGGAGACAAUGCCUGGUUUUCGUGAGGUCUUUACGACCUACUUCGAUCAAGUCCUUGAGCUUAGCAAGACAAUGUUUAGGUUGAUGGCAUUAAGCCUAGACUUGGAUGAGGAAUACUUUGACAAUUUCGUGGGCAGCAGAGACUCAAUUUCAAUGUGCCGAGCUCAUCGCUAUCCACCAACAACUUCCGAGACGGCUCAAAGAACUCGAGGAAUUGGCGCGCAUACCGAUUUUGGAGCCCUGACGCUCCUUCUCCAAGACGAAAUCGGUGGACUUGAAGUGUUUCACAAACCCACACAAUCGUGGCAUAGUGUCACACCAGUCAAGGACGCGUUCGUCGUUAAUAUGGGAGAUAUGAUGGAGAGAUGGACAAACAACAUGUACACCUCGACGUUGCACCGAGUCAUCUCACCUGUAUCCAGCAAGGACCGAUAUUCUGUGGCCUUCUUCAACGAAGGCCUGUUGGACCAGAUGAUCGAAUGCAUCCCAACUUGCUUGAGACCAGGAGAGCAACCACUGUACGCGCCCAUCAGGGCUGAAGACCACUUGCGCCAGCGAUAUGGCACCAGCUACUGACAGAACGAUGAGCCGUGAGACACGAAUACGAACCACUGGUCACUAGCUCUUGUGACUAGUGGUUCAUUGGUUCAAGGCUACAGAUUCAAAGACGGCGAUUUCACUUAUGGACGAUGUACAUGUGGUAUGUGCAAUAGUUUCGGUGAGACCACGACCAAGAAGUCUCCUUUUCCGGCUCCUCCUGGGGGCUUUAUAUGACUAUUUACUGUAGUCCAUGGUACUCCCUACUUGUGAAAAGCGGUCUUCUUCGAGCAAGGCGCGACAGCUCCUGGUCUGGUGCUAAGCCGUUGGAGAUCCUGCCACUUCUUCUCGGUGAAAGAAUCUGCUUCAUGGUCCGGACCUUUUAGAGUCAACGUUAACAUUCUCCAAGCGACGUUCAUAGUCCCCGUCGACGAUGUUUUGAAGCAUGACAAGUUCUUUUUCCACUGGCGCGUCGAUACGUGAAUUAAACUCAGCUGAGG